CGCUUACGCCGGCUGUUCUAUUCUAUAUUGUGCAACGAAAAAAAAAAGAAAAAAUAUUGAAGUUUAUACAUACAUGUAUAAAAAAGUUGACAAUGUUUCUUAAGUUUCCUUAAUUUUAUAAAUCUCAAAAUUUCUGACUUACUGUUCGUUGUCACCAGUCGUCGUUGUUCAAUUCUAUUCCAAUACUAAAAAUUCACACAUUGUUUACGUAUCAGAAACAACCUUCACAGUUGCCAAGCAAUCGUAAAAAAAUAAAUAAAUAAAAUUCCAAAUUUUUCCCAUAAAUCACAAUGUUUCUACAAAAGUUUGGCAUGCGCCGGUUGCACACGACCACCAAACAGCUGAUGGCGGUCGCUGCAGCGGGAUCGGGUGGCGGUGGCCUGGAGAAGAGCGCUUUGGCUGCGUUGCGCAAGAAGACAGGUUACACCUUUGCCAAUUGUAAAAAGGCUUUGGAAUUGAAUCAGAACGAUGUCAAUGCGGCUGAAAAAUGGUUAAAUGACCAAGCCCAAACAAUGGGCUGGAUAAAGGCUACCAAAGUUGCCGAUCGAGUCACAACUCAGGGUCUGAUUGGUAUUCUAGUUCGGAGAAAUCGUGGUGCCAUGAUCGAAUUGAAUUGUGAAACUGAUUUUGUGGCACGCAAUGAUACAUUCAAACGUUUUGUCGAUCAUGUUGCUCGUAUAUGUUUGCAUUAUACAGAUAUGACUGAAUUCGAUGGCGAUUUGUGGAAGCUUGGCUUCGAUGCAGAUGCCCUAAAGAAUCUUGAAACACUCGAGGGUGGAACUAUGGGCGAUCAUUUGGCCCUGUUGAUCGGGGCCGUUGGUGAGAAUUGCUCAAUACGUCGUGCCCUUUGCUUUAAAGUGAACAACGGUUUACGUUUGGCCGGUUAUGCCCAUCCGGCACCCACAAAUGUCAGCACCACGGACGAUAUCACACAAGUGGGAAAAUAUGGUGCCAUUAUCGCCUAUCGUUCGGAACACAAAUUGCAGGAUGUUGAAUUCAAUAAAAGCAUUUGCCAACAAAUUGUUGGCAUGAAGCCCAAAAAAAUUGGUGAAUACGAUAAGGAUAAGCCAUCGGAAAAUAAGGAUGAAGAGCCAUGUCUAAUACAUCAGGAAUAUCUACUAGAUGCCGAUAAGACAGUGGGAGAAGUUCUUUACGAACGUGGCAUAGAUAUUGUUGACUAUCAUCGAUUUGAGUGUGGCGAGCAAACGGAACGACAUCUCGAUGAGAUUAUCAAGGCUCAAGAGCAGCAAAGUAGCAAUUAGAAACAUUAUCUAAAUAGUAAUUUUUGAUCAAAAUAAAACAAAAAAUUUGCAUGUUAAA